AUUUUAUUUUAAACCCAAAAAAAUGGAACAAUACAAGAUUAUGAUCAUCAAAUUCUUGGAAAAUCCUUUCCUUAUAUUUUUCCUUCUACUUUUAUCAUUAAAUUAUUCUUAUUUCUUAAUUCCAAAAUUCCCAAAAGGCAUUCCAAGAAUUAUUUUAAUUUCACCAAUUUUUUACAUUUUGUAUUUUUUGCCUUGGUGUUUCUCAUUUGCAUUUCUUAGAGGCAUUUUGUCUUUUUUCAUUACAUGGAUUACUUCUUUCAAACUCAUUCUCUUUUGUUUCAACAAAGGCCCUCUUUCCCUUUGCAAAAAUCCUAUUGACUUUAUACUCAUUUCCAUUUUACCACUCAAAAUUUCGAUUUUCGAUGAAAAGUCUGUCAGAAAUACAUCCGACAAGUUAAUUUAUGACCAAAAAAUCGUGGAUCGAAAAUAUGAGAUUUCUGACAAAACUUCCAUCAAAAAUGAUUCUAACGAGUCAAUUUCUGACCUAAAAGAUGUUAGUCAGAAAUAUGAGAUUUUCGAUAUAAGUAUUUGCAAAAGGUAUGACAUGGAGGAGAUUUUUAAGCAACCGUAUUUAGCUACAUCUUUUCGAGAUUUCUGGGGAAAGAGAUGGAACCGAUACUCAUCGAAAAUGUUGAGAUUAACAAUAUAUGAUCCAACAAAUGAAGCUUUGAAGAAUUUGGGUAAAAAUACAUCAAAUUUAUUAGCAAUUGUGUGUACAUUUGUGGUUUCAGCUAUAAUGCAUGAACUAAUGUUUUAUUAUAUUACAUGUGGUUUAUGUUUGAAACCAACAUGUGAAGUAAUGUGGUUUUUUGUGUUACAAGGAAUUUGCAUAUCUUUUGAAAAGUUUUUUUAUGCAAAAAAUUGGGCAAUUAUGGAUGCAAGAAUUUCAAUAUUAUUAAAACGUAUUUUUAUUGUUUUUUCAUUUUAUUUUUUAUUAGUUUUACCAGUAGUGAGGGAAGGAAAAAAUACAUGUGAAGUCACCAAAUAAUAAUUGGGACUUGGUAUUGUAAUUGUGUUUUUAUUUCGAAAAUAUUUUAUGAAUGGAAUUUUUAUUUUUUUUUGUGUCA